UUUCUCUAGGAAUGUAUGUUGAUGAUGAUGAUGACCAAAUUCCUAACUCCUACAGUCAAAGACCAAUAACACAAGCCAUAAACCCUCCUCCACUGGAUGAUCCCGAAGUAGAAGAAGACAUUAAUGAUGUCAAACCGAAAAUAUUACUUUUUGGUCUGCGAAGAAGUGGCAAAACCAGUAUCAGGAAGGUGGUGUUUCAUAAGAUGAGUGCAAAUGAGACGAUAUUUCUGGAAAGCACCACCAAGUUGGAGCACGAGGACGUUUCUAAGAACUGUUUUAUAGACUAUGUUAUCUACGAUUUUCCUGGGCAAGCAGACGCAUUGGAGGACUCGGCAAUAGACUACUCACAUAUUUUUGAUGGAAAAUGUGCUCUUAUUUUUGUUAUCGAUGUUUUGGAAGAAUAUAAGGAGGCAUUAGAUAAGAUAGUUAACACACUCGUUGGUCUGGAUAACAAGGGAAUGCUUGAAAAUAUUGAGGUGUUUGUGUUUAUCCACAAAGUGGAUGGUCUCUCAGAUGAUCAGCGAGCGGAAGCUCUAAAGGACAUAAACUUCAGAGUUAACGACGAAUUGUCAGAAGCGGGGAUAUCCAUCAAUCUUAAAACUCAGUUGACGUCAGUCUACGAUUACAGCAUAUUUGAGGCUCUCAGUAUUGUGGGACAAAAGCUCAUACCUGAGUUAUUAUCGACGUUUGAAUCGCUGCUUAACGCGCUCAAGGAGCCUUGUGGGAUGGACAGAGUGUUACUGUUUGACGUUGCUACUAAGUGUUACAUAGCUACCGAUACUGAGUCAGUUCCAACUAAUAAGUACGAGAUGUGUUGUGAUAUGUUGGACUUGGUGGCAGACGUUUCAAACAUCUACACCACGCCCGAGUCUUUCUCAUUUUACGACAGCAAGUCUUUCUCUUCGGUCCAUCUCGACAACGGCACUGUGAUACUAACGAAGUAUAUUUGCAAUAACCUGACACUGGUGUGCUUGCUCCAAGAAUCCUGUCUAACAGAGUUGGGACUCAUCGAAUACAAUAUAGCAAAAUUUAGUCAAGGAAUGGACGAUGUGUUAAAGUCGCACUUUAAAAGGAGACCCGUGAAGUAGUGACAAUUUUACAGCAUGUAAUAAAUGUGAUGUUAUCUCACUGCUAAGUCGAUAUCUGCCAGUAUCCAUGAGUGAUAUGAGUGGUAAGUAGAUACACGCCGUAAGAGAGACUUUUUAUCAAAACACUUCAUUUAGAUAACACGGGCACGUGCCAAGUUUUUCCAAGUUUUGCCAAGUUUUGCCAAGUUUUUGCGGUAUAAUGUAUUUCAUGAAUUCACUCAUUUUGCUCAUUCAGGUUGCUUUGUCUUCGAAUUUAAAAUGAGGUCUUGGUAUAUGAUAUUUGUGAAAAUUUGAUAUAAGAUUGAUUCAGUUUUCUUUCAAGUGAUAAUCUGAAUCAAAGCUUUGAUCGAAAGUAAGCACAGUAAAACCUCGAUUUUUCGCCGGGGUUUGGGGAAAGGGAAUAGCCGCGGUAAAUCGGGGUUUUGUUUGUUCACAUUGAAUCGGGGUUUGCGGUAAAUCGGGGUUUUACUGUAUCUAAAACUUUACCAGACGAUGAUUUUGUUAAAGUGAAAUUUUGAAACUAUACAAUGAACAGUAUUGUUAUUUCAUUCUAAAAUUAUUUUUACAAGUCCAUCGUUUUAUCACUCAAGACUAAUCAGAGUUAUGCCACGCUCUAUAAUGUAUGUUUUUCGUUCAAAUAAAAUUCCCUGUCAUUCGAGAACAGUCGAAAGGGCCUGAAGAAUGACACUGUAAAGUAUAAAGUUGUAACACGAUAUUGUGGAAAAUCUUUAUCACAUGU